AAAAAAAAGCCAUCCAAGUGUUGUAAAAUCCAAUGAUCUUAAUACUCAAGAUAUUGGUAGAGAGCUUGCUGAUAAAAUUAUAGUGGAUUUUAAAGGAAAGAGGCCUUAUUUAGUUAUUAAUCACCUCAGGAGAAGUAAAAUUGAUGUUAAUAGACCGAUAAAAGAAGGUGUUGAAGGAAAAAAUUCUAUAACUUUGGCUGCUUGGAAUGAUUAUCAUAAUUUUAUUAAGACCGCUAUUAAAGAUGUCGAAACAAAUUUUGGUCAUGGACUUUUAAUCGACAUUCAUGGUAGUCACGGUCAUCCAGAACAUUUUAUUGAGAUAGGUUAUGUUAUUUCGGCUGAAACACUCUCACUUUCAACCUUACAGAUCAACGAACAUCCUGAGAUUCCUGGAUCAAGUAUUCGUGCUUUAUAUAAUAGAAAAUCGAAUAGUAUCCUAUUUGCUGAUUUACUUUAUGGUAAAACUACUUCGCUUGGUGGUCAUUUACAAUUCCAUGAUUAUGAAACUGUUCCAUCACAUAUUCAUAAACACCUACUUAAAAAUGAAAAAUAUUUUAUG